AAUAAAGUGAACUGUAUUAUCACCAUUGCUGGACGCACAGGAGUAGAGAACGCACAGAGCAACAGAAAUCCGAAGCUCUGUAUGCCCUGUCUUCAGAAUUAACCCUUUUAGAUAAUGAAACUGGAUCUAUCAACAAGGAAUAAACAAGGACAGCCCCUGUGUGCUAUACACGUAACAUCAGAAAAUGGCGCUCUCUGCGUCAUUAACCCCCUGUUUUUGCAUGAGCAUGGUGAUACAUGGCUCACAGAGUAUUCACGAAGACAGGUGGACAUGAAGAGGAGAAGUGCGCCAUGGUGUUAUGACCAGGAUUCUGGCAUUGUCCAUGAUACUGAAGAUAUUGAACAAGAUUAUCAGAAGAAUACAGAAGAGCAGAAGGACAUCACUGUCAGGCUGGGUGAAGGUGAAGAGUCUGAACAUAAGACAAUGAAGCCCAGUGAAGGCAACCUGGGGUCAAGUGAAGAGACUCAAGGUAUGCACUGCUUCAUGGAUUCCUCUGAAACACAGGGAAAUUCUGACAUUGUACCAAAAAUGAGGAAACAGAGGAUAUCAAGUAGACAAAUGAAGUUGGGUUCCAAGAGAUUCCAAGGUAAUAAGCAAUCAGAACAAGUUAAAAUGGAAACGGAGUCCUUACAACAGAAAUCAAGCGAGAAAAGAUCUUCUCUUCUCCCACACAGAGUAUCGUGGAUUGAAGUUGUGCAACCAGGAGAGAGUAAUUUACAGAAAUCAAGCUCAGAAACAUCCCUUAAUUCCUCGGACAGCUUUCUUCUCCCUCCACUUCCAGAGUUGGACUCUAUUUCCAUGAGCAGUGUUGAAGAGGAUGUAGAUUGCCACUCUUUGAACUACAAAAGAAAACACUCACAUGGGCUGGGUGACAUUGUGAGACAUAGCAUACUUGCUGUUAGUACUGCUCUCACUGGACUUGUCUCACCAGAGAAAUACCUUGGAAACAGGAUACAGCAACUUGCAGAAGACCCUGCAUCAUAUUUUGGUGGCACAGUUCAAUCUUUUAUUUGCAAUAUGCACAAGGGAUCUGCCCACAACCAGUCGAGUAUUGAGAUGUUGCAGAAUAUACAACAAAUGCUAAGCAAUCUCAAAUCUUACCUGCUUGAAAACAAUGAGAUCUGGGAAAUUGUGGAACAUCAAGAGAUAGACGAGUCCAAACUUGCUGCAAUUAUCGAGGCUACUCUGUACAAGUGUGUCCUGAAACCGGUUCGCAAUAUCAUUUACACUCAGCUGCUGGACCUGCACACAAAAGAUGGAUCUCUGUCAAAGCUACUAAAUAGCCAGGAAAAGAUGAAGGCCGGAGACUUAAAUGAACAAAAAACACGUGCUGGCCUGCCAGGAGCCUCUACUAUGGAGAAGAUAAAGGAAAAAUUAUCCCUUAUGCAUAUGGCGUACUCCCCAAAGAAAAUGACCACUCUUCUGUUGAAAGUCUGCAAGCUCAUAUAUGAGUCGAUGGAGGCAUCAAGUGAAAAGAAAGAACCCUUUGGUGCUGAUGACUUCCUGCCCGUGUUGAUCCAUGUCUUGAUUUGCUGUGAUCUUACAUCUGUCCAGCUGGAUGUGGAGUAUAUGAUGGAGCUCGCAGAUCCAUCUGAACUUCAAGGAGAAGGUGGUUACUAUCUGACUACAAUGUUCGGAGCACUGUAUCACAUCAGCAGUUUUAACACGGUAUCAAGACAACUUAGCACGGAGGCUCAGAACUCUAUUCGCCAAUGGCAAAGGAGACGAACAAUUCACCAUAGGCAUCCCACGCAAAGACGUCUCCAACGCAGCAGUAAAGAGAUGCCUGGCCCCAGAAAUCUCACCGUAUUUCACAGUAAUAGCACAGAAGAUUACUACAAUGUCUGAGGCUAUUUGAAUUGACACUGAUCAGAAACUGCUAAAUCUUUGUAAAUCCACAAGAGACUCUCACAUUCUAAGGACUGUCUAGAGAAAAAUAAUUAUUAACUAUUAGCAAGUGUACAGAUGCAAGUCUGUUUUUCAAACAAUCAAAUAAUACGUAAUUGUAAAGAGAAAUAUUAUAUUAUAACUUUUCUUAAUUUUAACAAUUGUAUUGUUUUAUAAAUGAAAGCUUGUAUUGAAAAAAGAACACAUUUUAAUGUGAUGUGUGACCUUAACCACAUAUACUGCUAAUAUCUGUCUGUCUCAUCAUGGAAUCAAUCACCUAAUCAGGCAUAUGUUUGAUAUAUAUAUAUAUGAACAUACAUUAUACAACACAUUGUAUAUAGAGCUGUAUAAAACCUUUCGUAUUGAGAGGGCUAAGUAAUGUAUUACUUACAUUGGAGAUCAAUUUCCCAAAGUUCUAUGUAUAUUUUUUAGCAUGGUUAGGUGGGACAUAAUACCUUAACACUUAUAAUUUAUAAUACAUAGAAAAAAAUAGCUCCAGUCCAUACACAGUUUAUUUGCACACACAUAAAAAUACACAGCCAUCCAAAAAUAAUUUGCGUAGGCCAUUCUAAGAACCAUAACCUCUACAGCUUAGUUUAAUGGUUAUGGUACUGUGUGUCUACCUGUACUGUUCACCAACUGUUUAAGAACAAUGGAACAAGUUAGCUCUGAGCUCUCAAUCUGUAAUUUAUGUCCACGGUUGAAUAGAUAAACACUGAUAAUGUAGAAAUCGAAAAUGUAAUAAUUCAUGAAUCUGCAGUGAAGGAGGGUUCUGUGUUGGUCAAAAAUAAAACCAGGAGAUGGCACUCAUAGACUCAUAGAACAAUCAAUACUCUAAUGAGCUUUAGGGUUAUGGUACUUAGAGCCUCCCUUUAAUGCAUAUAUAU